AGGCAUAGCACCAGUACUCCCGGAAAGCCUCUGCCAUGAACACUAAAGUCGUCCUCCUCCUGGCGGUGGUGGCCCUCGCAGCCGCCGACAAGCGCCCACGCCCUACCUACGGCGCUCCCCCUCCGCCUCCACCACCCCCUCCUUCCUACAGCGCCCCUGAGCCCCCACGCCCUGUCUACUCCGCCCCGGAAUCGUCCGAGGAGGUAGAGGACCCCCCUAAAUACGCCUUCAACUGGGAAGUGGAGGACCACUACUCCGGCAACGACUUCGACCACCAGGAGGAGCGCGAAUACGACAACACCAAGGGAUCCUACUCCGUGCAGCUCCCUGACGGCCGCCUGCAGAAGGUGACCUACUACGUGGACGGUGACUCAGGCUACAUCGCUGAGGUCACCUACGAGGGCGAGGCUCAGUACCCGGAGUCUGAGGAGUCAAGGGAGUCCUACGGUCCCCCCCAGCCCACCUACAGCGCCCCUGAGUCCGAGGAGUCCGAGGAGGCACCAGUCUAUGCUCCUCCUCCUCGCCCAUCCUAUGCUCCUCCCCAGCCCAGCUACGCACCGCCAAGGAGGACCUACGGCACGCCCCAGUAAGUCCUGUGAGAGUGUGAAGGAGCUUUCCUCUCCCUGAUGCAAGACAGACAUACAUACAGACAGACCCAAGCUUAUCUGAACCCUGAUUUGAGUUCGUUGUAAAAAGGUUGUCUUUCACUCUUGCCUUUUCGCUUUUCUCUCGCUUUUAUCUUUUUUUUAUCUUUGCCUUGUCUAGUACGUUGUAAGGAUGCCGUUCAAUUCCUUUCGUCUCCGUUUUUUUUCUUUUCUUUAUCUAGUUUUACCACUUUUGCUUUCGUUUCCCUGUGAGAAUCUUUUGUUCACUUUCCCUUUCUUCGUUACCUCACUCUCCUCCUCUUCACUCGUUGCUUUAUCUGGUUCAGCCACUUCCCUUGUUCUCAUUGUCUUCCUCGCAACGGUUCUUUAGUUUUCAUUUUCCGAGACUCCUUUUUUGGAUAUCCCGCUCUAUUUUUUCUUUUUUCCCUCUUGUAGCCCAUCAUUGUAUAUACCAUUUGUGCAAAGUGAUAUAUGUAUGCUUAUGUAUUUAUGUAUGCACACAGAGCCCUUAUUUAUUAAAGUCUACGCAUUACAA